AUGGCCAAAACCACCUCGCUACGCUGCCGGGUGCUGGAGGGGAAGGACCUGCCCGCCAAGGACGUGACCGGCUCCAGCGAUCCCUACUGCGUGGUCAAAGUGGACAACGAGGUGGUGGCCAGGACAGCCACGGUGUGGAAGAGCCUGAACCCUUUCUGGGGUGAGGAAAUCACGCUGCUUUUGCCCCGGGGAUUCCACGGCCUCACCAUCUACGUGCUGGAUGAAGACACCAUCGGGCAGGACGAUGUCAUUGGCAAGGUCUCGCUCAGCCACCAGCAGAUCUCGGCCGAGCCGCGGGGCAUUGACAGCUGGCUCAGCCUGGCACCGGUGAACCCCGACCAGGAGGUGCAGGGCGAGAUCCACCUGGAGCUUCGAGUCCCCGAGCGGGGCCACCCGCGGGUGCUGCGCUGCCACCUCAUCCAGGCCAGGGACCUGGCCCCCCGCGACCCCUCGGGCACCUCGGACCCCUUUGGCCGGGUGUCGUGCUGCGGGCACACGUUGGAGACAGCCGUGGUUAAGAGAAGCCGCUUCCCGCACUGGGAUGAGGUGCUGGAGUUCGAGCUGCCGGAAGGGGAGCUGGGAGAGGCUGCGCUGAGCGUGGAGGUUUGGGACUGGGACAUCGUGGGCAAGAAUGACUUCCUGGGCCGGGUCGAGUUCUGCUUGGACUCCCUCUGCCCGGGCCCCACCAGGGGCUGGUUCCAGCUCCUGCCCUUCCCCAGCACCACCAAGGACCGCGGGGGACAGCUGGGUGCCCUGAGGCUGGCAGUGAGGCUGCUGGAGGACACGGUCCUGCCCUCCCACCACUACCAGCCCCUCAUCCAGCUCCUCACCGAGCCCAUCCUCUGCCCGGCCCAGUCCCCCGAGGGCACGGCCCUGGCUGUCCUGGAGGAGGUGACCUCAGGGGAGAGCCGGCAGGAAGUGGCCACCAAGUUGGUGAAGAUCUUCUUGGGCCAGGGCUUGGCUGUGCCCCUCCUGGACUACCUCACCACCCGCGAGCUGGCCAGGACCACUGAUCCCAACACCCUCUUCCGCUCCAACUCGCUGGCCUCCAAAUCCAUGGAGCAGUUCAUGAAGGUGGUGGGGCUGCCCUACCUGCACGGGGUCCUGAAGCCAGUGGUGAACCGCGUCUUUGAGGAGAAGAAAUACGUGGAGCUGGACCCCGGCAAGAUGGAGCUGAGCCGGGGCAGGAGGUUCUCCUUCAAGGGGUCCCUGUCGGAGGCGCAGGUGCGGGAGAGCAGCCUGGAGCUGCUGAAGGGCUACCUGGGGGACAUCAUCGAUGCCAUCGUGGGCUCGGUGGACAAGUGUCCCCUCCCCAUGAGGGUGGCCUUCAAGCAGCUGCGCAGGCGGGCGGAGGAGCGAUUCCCCUCGGCACAGCACGAGGAGGUCCGGUACUUCUCCAUCAGUGGGUUUCUCUUCCUUCGCUUCUUCGCUCCCGCCGUCCUCACCCCGAAGCUCUUCGGGCUCCGGGAGCAGCACGCGGAGCCCUGCACCGGCCGCACGCUCCUGCUGCUCGCCAAGGCGCUGCAGACCAUCGGGAACCUGGGGCUGCAGCUGGGGCAGGGCAAGGAGCCCUGGAUGGCGCCGCUGAACUCCGUCCUCCUGCCCAGUGUCACCCGUGUCCGGGCCUUCCUGGAUGCCCUGGUCACUGUGGAGAGCCCCGAGGUGGGCGAGGUGCCAGUGCCACAGGGACAUCCCCAGCCCUCGGCCACCAUCAAGGAGGGUCCCCUGCACACCUGCCCAGAGCAGGGGGUGGCACUGCUGCCCCGCUUUGCCUUCAAGAAGAGGCACUUCAGGCUCAGCAGCCAGGCCCUGGCCUAUGCCAAGGUCCCCCAGGGGCAGGCACUCGGCUCCAUCCCAGUGGAGUGGAUCCGGGCAGUGGAGCAGGUGGACAAGGGCACCUUCCAGCACCCCCACGUCCUGCAGGUGGUGGCACAGGAUGACACCGGGCAGCUCCACACCACCUACCUCCAGUGCAAGAGCUCCCCGGAGCUGUGGCAGUGGCUGUGGGCGCUGCGCCAGGCCACCAGCGCCAACAGGGACAUGCUGCCCACUUGCCACCCCGGCACCUUCCGCGCCGGCCGCUGGACCUGCUGCCUGCAGCCCACCCGCGCCGCGCCCGGGUGCAGCCGUACCCACGGCACGGUGGUGCUGGCAGAGUGGAGCGACCUCGGGGACGCCGCGGUGGCAGCACAGAGCCUCUACGGGCACCUGCGGUGA